AUGGCCGCCAAACCGACAGCACUCGCGAGGGAUGUGCGCACCUACAAGGAAGAAACGGGGUAUGUCGUCAAAUGGGUCGUGUCGACUUCCCGAGCGUAUGGGUUCGAGAGGAGGUGUAAAACAGUCAGAAAAGACGAAGGUAGCACAAGUCCCCAAGAGCAACCAAGGACAGCAACAACACCCGCGCCAGCAUCAGCAUGUGGCAUCAUAACUUGCAAACAACUCGUACGGAGAGCGAAGUUCCUGUCUAAUGUGGCGAAACAACUUCCAAGCUCGGUCAUGCGUGCCCUCGAACAGUCAAUCAGGCUUCGUGAAUCAGUCGGCAGCCUGAUUCAAGCGCUAGGACUGCCGGAUUCUCUCAUAUCAGACACCAAGCACCGCCGUUUCAUUUCAACACUGGAGAGUCUGAGACGGAUUCUUUCGCCUCUGCUCGUCUCGGCGAAGGAGGACGUGUCUACUAUACCGCCGGGACGACCAUCUUUUGCCAAACUGACCCGGAACACCUUCGAAUCCCUGCAAUUCUGUGAUUGUCGAGAACUCGAGGACGAUCACGAGGUAUUCCAGCCGCAAAACGAUAAAGAUUCAGCUGAGGGUUCGAUGAAGGCAGAGAUUGUGGAGCUUGACCUCUAUGACGCUUUCGCUGCCUUCAUCGAGCUCAUCGAAGAGCUCAAGGUCUCGUGGGAUAUCAUCAUGCGAGCCUGGGCAGGAUACCAGGAUCGAGUUCUGGAUUUGGCAGCAGUCUCGUUGACGACUAACACCGCAAUCGAUCUUAUUCGAACCUUGGAAGCCAGGUCUGCGGAAUUGAUAGAGCAGCACGGGGGGCCCAUGACCAUGGUCAGUGCUUACGGCAGACUCGUCAAAUCUCAGCAUGGAUAUGUCGACAAGGCAGAUCAAUACACUGCUGGCGAACCCCAUUUUUUCGAAUCCAAUUGUGAACUGAUUUCCUGCUUGCUCGAGGUAGGCAUCACAUUGUUCGACACCCCGAUCGGUAAAGCUGAGAAAAAGAAGGCCUAUGCGUCGGCCGAGAGGCGGAGGGAGGUCCUGGAGGAGUUCGACAUGAAGGCAAUGACGCAGGAAAGAGACGUGGACUGCUCGUUGUUCAGGAUGUUCCUCUGCAAUAGGGACAGCUCUAUGGUCCGGCCACAGAUUGGCGAAACCGAGUCUGUCCUUUCACCCCUCGACGAGUUUGCUGUUCACCAUGUGCUAGUAUCGCGACAAAUCCCUAUGUGGUCGAUCUUCGCUGCCACUGUCCUUCACAGAUUGCACAAGUGGUCCGACGAGGAGAUUGAACGGCCAUGGAACGACCUGGUGGCGCUCACAAAGGAAGCGAGGAAGCCAGAGAAUAUUAGCAGUACGGGGGGCAGGUUUGAGCUAUUCAGAUCAAACCCAAUACUCUGCGGGACUUGGCUCUGGUGUCUGCGACAUGAACAACACCGCCAGGGAAUCCUCUUGAUCGACCUUUCCAGCAUCGUCGUCCCAGCCGCCCACCUCUAUAAUGCACUCCGAACAGAGAAGCUUCUGCACACCUCGUGGAAAGACAUGGAACUCAUGCUCCUGCAACAGGGCAAGGACAAGGUCUUCCACGGUGGCCAGCCUCCGGAUCGACGAGAUCGGUUUAAGCAGAUGCUUCGGCCAUGGCGGCGAGAAUGGCACCUCGGGGGCAUCGAGAACAUACUUCGAUCUGGGAAAUGGAACGUAGAAUUGCCGCCCGACGACGAGCCCUCGAGUGCGGCCCCGACAAGCCCACAAGCUCCAUGCGCUGAGGAUGGUCUUUCGCUCAGCAGAAGAGCCAAGUGCCUCCAGAAACUGUUGGGGGUCUUGAACGCGGAGACGUGGGAGAUGAGCUUCUCCUACUUCGACUUCCACCUGUCCUGUCGCACCCUGCUCCAACGAUCAACGAAUGCGACCGAGAAGUUGAUUCUAAGCUCAGCCCUUGAGGAAUCCUUCGAGCCGCAGAAGAUAUACCUCAACAACAUGCAGCUCAUAGCUGGUGUUUACCACCAGUACAUGGACAGUGGCUUGGGUUCCGUGCUUGCCACGGAGCUCACACUGAAUCGGAGUAUCGUCCCUCGCCUUGCAUGUUUCGAGGAUGCUCUCAAAAAGCUCAGACAACAGGACAUGGAGGAUCGAUUCGUCAGGGUGAGAGUCCAGGGCGGUUCUUGCGAGAUGUUCCUUGAACGUGGCAAGUCCGAUGCACGCUCCUCGGCUCAAUCCGACUCGGUGACGUGA